GACCGCGAUGUGUUGAAGCAAAGCCUGCAAGGAGCACUUCUCCACAUUGACGGGUCCCAGUCUUGUCGUGUUAGUGGCAGCCUCCCUCCCCGCCCUCGUCGCCUCUAUCGGACUGUCCGGUCCAAAAUGACUCGGUCGAGAGGAGGAAUGCACCACCGGUUUACAUGAGCAUCUGGACUCUAUUUUGCCAAACAGAAACUUAACUUUUGCAUGUUCUUUCACUGGAUGUUGGACUCUCAAGGAUCUUGAAUCGUUUCGGAUAUUAUCUUGGGAGAUAAAAGGUUAUGCAGCAGCCCCUAUAGCAAGCCCACGGCAAGGGAUCACUCCUCCUUGUUCCUCCCGGUCCCCAUCGCUCUGAGCUUUUCUAGCCGGCCUCACCAAGCAAAUGAAGAUGGGACUGCCCGCCCUGGAGUUCAGCGACUGCUACCUGGAUAGUCCACAGUUCAGGGAGAGACUCAAAUCCCACGAACUGGAGCUGGACAAGACCAACAAGUUCAUAAAGGAGCUCAUCAAGGACGGCAAAGCGCUCAUCCAGGCCCUGAAAAGUCUGUCCACGGCCAAGAGGAAGUUUGCCGACUCUCUGAAUGAUUUUAAAUUCCAGUGCAUCGGGGAUGCCGAGACGGAUGAUGAGAUAUGCAUAGCUAAAUCUCUCCAGGAGUUUGCAGCAGUUCUACAAAACCUGGAAGACGAGAGGACACGGAUGAUUGAGAACGCCAACGAUGUGCUCAUUAUGCCUCUGGAGAGGUUCAGGAAAGAGCAGAUCAGUGCCGCUAAGGAAGCCAAGAAAAAAUACGACAAAGAGACGGAGAAGUACUGUGCAGUACUCGAGAAGCACCUGAGUCUUUCAGCAAGAAAGAAAGAGUCCCAUCUGCAUGAGGCGGACAACCAGGUCGAUCAUGUCCGGCAGCAUUUCUAUGAGGUCUCUUUGGAGUAUGUCUUCAAAGUGCAGGAGGUCCAAGAGAGGAAGAUGUUUGACUUUGUGGAGCCGCUGCUGGCCUUCCUUCAAGGCCUCUUCACCUACUAUCACCACGGCUACGAGCUAGCAAAGGACUUCAACCACUUCAAGACGGACCUCACGAUCAGCAUACAAAACACGAGGAAUCGUUUUGAGAGCACUCGAUCCGAGGUGGAGUGUCUGAUGAGGAAGAUGAAGGAGAAUCCACAUGAACAUAAGAGCAUCAGCCAACACACAAUGGAGGGAUACCUCUUUGUGCAGGAGAAGCGUUCAUUUGUGUCAAGCUGGGUCAAGUACUACUGUACGUACCAUCGGGAGCCAAAGCGUGUCACUAUGGUUCUAUUUGACCCCAAAUCAGGUGGAAAAAUGGGUGAAGAAGAGACCUUCAUCCUUAAGUCCUGCACCAGGAGGAAGACAGACUCAAUUGAAAAACGGUUCUGCUUUGACGUGGAAGCUGUGGACAGGCCGGGAAUGAUCACCAUGCAAGCUUUAUCCGAGGAAGACCGCAGGUUGUGGAUGGAGGCCAUGGAUGGGAGAGAGCCGGUGUACAAUCUCAAUAGGGACAACCACACAGAAGGAAUGGCCCAGCUGGAUGUGAUCGGGUUCAACGUGAUGAAAAAAUUCAUUUAUGCAGUGGAGACUCGAGGUAUCGACGAGCAGGGCUUGUAUCGAAUCGUCGGCGUCAGCUCCCGCGUUCAGAAACUAUUGAACCUCGCUAUGGAUCCAAAAACGUGUGCUGAUGUGGAGCUAGAGAACCCAGAGUGGGAGAUUAAGACCAUCACCAGCGCUAUCAAGCACUAUCUCAGGAUGCUCCCCGGCCCUCUCAUGACAUAUCAGUACCAGAGGAGCUUCAUCAAGGCUGCCAAGUUGGACAACCCAGAAGCCAGAGUGAAAGAGAUCCAUGCUUUGGUGCACCGGUUGCCUGAGAAGAACAGGCAGAUGUUGGAGAUGCUCACCAAACAUCUAUCCAAUGUGGCCAAUCACCACCAGCAGAACCUGAUGACGGUCGCCAAUCUGGGCGUGGUUUUUGGCCCAACUCUCCUCCGCCCCCAGGAGGAGACGGUGGCGGCCAUAAUGGACAUCAAGUUCCAGAACAUCGUAGUGGAGAUCCUCAUUGAGCAUCAUGAGAGGAUAUUCAAGGACGUGCCGACUUCUUCUGGAGGUUCAACCAACAUGCAGGCCAACCUUUCAAGGAGGAGGAGCACCGACAGUAAAGCUCCGUCCUGCAGCGAACGACCUCUCACGCUCUUCCAGACACCAACACAUUCCCUCAAAGAUAAUAACUCCGUGUUGGCCGGGGAAGGUGAGAAGAGGGACAGUUUUGUAAUCACUGCGGCGGGCGAACAACAGCCGGCUGUCUUAUCGACCGGCAACUGCAACAGCAGCAGCAGCGGCGGCAGCAGCAGCAGCGGCAGCAGCAGCCAAGGUCGGACGCCCAGACACAGCCUGAUCAGCAACGACGGAGAACACAGCGCUCGGCAGAUCCGGCCCAGCUCACUGUUGAACCCCAAAAGUCGUUGCAGUAUACCAGCCUGUGCAUCAUCCUCCAGUCCAAACUCACCACGUUCUCCUUCCUGGCCCAUGUUCUCGGCGCCGUCCAGUCCUCAACCUAUAUCCUCAGCCUCUAGUGACUCCUCCCCAAUCAGUAGCUCAGGCAAGAGAGCUCGAGCGCUGUACGCGUGCAAGGCGGAGCACGACUCCGAACUGUCCUUCAUCGCGGGCACCAUCUUUGACAACGUUCACACCUCCAGAGAGCCGGGCUGGCUGGAAGGAACGUUGGAUGGUCGAAUAGGACUCAUACCGGAAAACUAUGUGGAGUUUUUAUAGUGCAGGGACCACACUGGACUGGAUUAAGACGCAAAACUGGACUGCAAAAGGAGGCAUACCCCCAAAAGACCUUAUCUAUUAGUGGGAUUUGACUUUGGCUGGGACUGGAUGGAGUGGAACGGCAUCCUGGUGUUGCACUGAAAGUGGAAAAAAAAAAAAAGCAAACAAAAAGGAUCCUCUUUGGUUCCAGCUGUUAUUGGAUUAGUUUGGAUGGCUUCCCAAGUCUUUGUGAAGAUGUCAUAAGCCUGGAAUGUGUGUGUGUGUGUGUGUGUGUGUGUGUGUUUGGGGGGGGGUGAUAUACUUUACGUCAGCUUGUUCUUCCUCCUUCCUGUCUUCUUGAAACUGCACUGUUGAUCAAGAUCUUCUCUCAGAAAUUGGGCAAUAUCCAGUGCCACCCCCCCCCCCAACCGCCCCCUCCUUGCUGUGUGACAAAGGGCGCUGGCGCAUGGCAGAGCAGCAGGAGGUCAUCAAUUUUUUCAAACAAGCGUCUUUUUUUUUUUUUUUUUAAGGAUUGGAAGCAAUCAUCUCUGCUGUGUGAAAGGGGGUAGUUCAUUUUUUUUUUUAAUAAUUUCUGUUUGAAAGGUUUUCUGUGACAAAAUGAAAAUAAUAAUAAUUAAUAGUCAUAUGUGCAUGUUUUACUUUUACAACUUGUAAUUUUACACACAAUAAAUAUUCCUAAAAAAAUACAUGUCCUUUUCAAAUAUAUUGACAUACAAUGAACACAUUUACAGCACAAUACUACUAAUAAGCUAUUUGUUAUUGUUAAUUAUUAUUAUUGUCACAGACAUCCUUCCAUAACGCUAAGAAUAUAUGAAGUUAACUUUGAAUUCUGUGUCAAAUGUCCCGAAUAAAGAAAUCCGAGCUGCUCUGCCACGUUGCCGUAUGAACCUGACCUUUGCCCUCCCAGGUUUUCAACCAGGAGCCUAAACACGAAAUGUCAAUGUGAAACGAGACUACUUUUUAUUUAUGAGACAUUCUUGAAGAUGUAAUCUGAAGGGAGGUGUUUUAUUUGACUUUAUAUGCUAAUUUUUAAUAAACACACCCUUUUUCUAUUUCUAUUCUUUGCAUAUUAACUUUCUUUACUCCAUCUUUGAUGUGUUUUGUUUAUUUACAGCCUUAAAAAAAAUCAUCUGAGAGGUUUUGUUGGAAUUUUGCAGAAUUAAAGAUUAAUGUUGCUGGAG